AAUUCAAUUUUAUUAGAGACCAUAUCACAGGAGGAACCACAAAAUAGUUCAGUCUCUUGUGAUUGUUAUUGGGUAUGGAGAAUUUAUUGGUAUAGUAGUCACCAUCCAAGAGAUUCAAGGGUUUGGCUGGUUUUGGUUGCAAAUAUUUUAAAAGAGCUUUUUGAGGAGAUAAUGGUAUGUGUGCUGAAUUGAGGAAUCCAUCUUUCCACAUAGGUGACAACUGAGGAAGAUGAGCUGCACAGACAUUGUGGACUUGAGUAGUGAUGAUGAAGCUGGACCAGUGGAUAUAAAAGCUAUUAAGUUGGAACCAGAUUCUGUUGGGAGCCCAUUCCUGCACAAGUACUACCAUAACCUAACAUCUGAGCAUUGGAAGUCCAAAACCCAAUCUGGAAGACAAAAAUCUGAAGAAAAUGAAAGCUCAAAUGCUCUAAGUGCUGGGAAAAGUAGCAAUAGCAUAUUGGAGCGAGGACAGUCACUGGUUGAUGACACAGUCAUCUCUUCUGCUUCAUCUAUAUGUCCAGCUCCUCUUUGUCGACAAUUCUGGAAAGCUGGGAACUAUGAAGAUGGGUUUGGUUCUAAGGUCACAUUUCAAAAUGGCAAAAAUUUUCUCCAUGUCCACCCUAUGUUCCUUCAUUCAAAUGCCACUUCACAUAAGUGGGCCUUUGGUGCUUUUGCAGAGCUGCUUGACAAUGCCAUGGAUGAGAUCCAAAAUGGGGCCACUUUUGUCAUUGUAGAUAAAACCAUAAAUCCAAGGGAUGGAAGCCCGGCAUUGUUAUUUCAAGAUGAUGGAGGUGGAAUGGACCCUGAAGCAAUUCGACAUUGCAUGAGUUUUGGAUUUUCAGAAAAAAAGCUGGAAUCAGCAAUUGGAAAAUAUGGCAAUGGCUUCAAGACCAGCUCUAUGAGACUUGGUGCAGAUGCUGUCGUUUUCAGUCGCCAUGUAAACAAUAGGAUCUGUACUCAAAGCAUUGGUCUCCUCUCUUAUACAUUCUUGACACAGACAGGCCUUGACAGAAUAGUAGUACCUAUGGUGGAUUAUGAGUUCAACACAUCAACUGGUAUAUUAAAAACAUUGCAUGAUGGGGAACAUUUUAGGUCAAAUCUUUCCUUGAUGUUGCAGUGGUCUCCUUUCUCUUCGGAAGAAGAGCUUUUGAAGCAAUUUGAUGGCAUUGGAUCACAUGGUUCAAAAAUUAUUAUCUACAACCUAUGGUUUGGUGAUGAUGGUAAUACGGAGAUCGACUUUGAUUCAGAUCCUGAGGAUAUUCAAAUUAAUGUGGAUUUAAAAAAAAAGGAGAAGUCGAUAACUGAACAACACAUAGCUAGCAGAUUCCAUUAUUCUUUGCGUGUGUAUCUGUCCAUACUGUACCUGCGAAUUCCUGAAAGUUUCAGUAUAAUAUUGCGUGGGCGUGUUGUUGAGUAUCAUAAUAUUGCUAAUGAUCUCAAAUUUCCGGAAUUCAUCUUAUAUAGACCCCAAAGUAGUGGAUGCUUGGAGGGUACAGUGAUAACUACAAUUGGGUUUCUAAAAGAAGCACCACGUGUUAAUAUCCAUGGCUUCUGUGUGUACCACAAGAAUCGACUAAUUUUGCCAUAUUGGAAGGUAGUUAGCUAUUCUAGCACUAGUAGGGGAAGAGGAAUUGUUGGUGUUUUAGAAGCUAAUUUUGUGGAGCCAACUCAUAACAAACAAGACUUCGAGAGAACUUCCCUUUUCCAAAAGCUUGAAACUCGGUUGAAGGAAAUGCAAUGGGAGUACUGGGAUUAUCAUUGUGCACUGAUUGGCUAUCAAGCCCUUAAAAAGCCUCGAGCAACAGUUGCAUCGCAGGAUUCAUCCCAUUCUGCAUUACCUAGGAAUAUAAAACCUGUAGUGUUAAAUCAAAGUUCCAUUGCUGUUGGCAGCACAAAACCAGGAUCACGUAAGAGGAAGGAACACGGAGAGUUAUUUGGAUUUCAAAAUGUUAAAAAGCACUCUGCUAAAGGGACUAACACAAGUGAUGCUGAGCAGACAUUGGACAAACAGCCUGUCAUUACUGCCACAAAUGAGUCCAGAAGUCAAGAAGCCAUACACUUGAUGCAAGAAAACAAGAAGCUCCAUGCUAACUGCUUGGAAUCUGAUAAGAGGAUUGAAGAACUUAACCACAAGAUGACACAGCUUCAAAGUGAACUUGAAGAGUUGGAUCAGGAGCAUAAGCGGCAAUUAGCUGAAGUAGAAGCACUGGAUACCAUAAAAGAGGAAAGAAAGGCGUAAAUAGUAGGCUUAACAUGUUACAUUAAUUCUUUUUUACGUAAAAGAUUGUUGUAGCAACAGGUGUAUAUACCAGUCUGCCUUGGAGUUGAUUACAGUUGUAGCAGAGAGAGGUCCUCCCAUCAAAGGCAAGGAUUUUGAAGGUAGUCAAUUUUUUUUCUUGUAAAUAUAUGAGUUAGAAUCAAUCUUAAUUGUAGUUCAAGUCUUGAUACCUUGAUGUGGAGCAUAGUUCACUCAACUUGUCUGAAUGAGUGGUUGAUUCUUGUACUGACCACUGAUAACACUUCCCCCUGUAAAAAAGAUAAUAUUUAGAAGUUAAUUAUGAAAAUUAUAGAGGACGUUCAAAUA